AUGGGGAAGAAGACCCAAAAAAACAAGCCAAAGGCCCAUAGUUCUCGUGCAGAUCGGCGUCCUUUAAAGUCCACCGGUGCUGAUGGCGCGGAUAACGCGAUUUUGGAGGGAAUCGACAAUGCGCAAACCUGGAGCAUAACUGCGGACUUUAUAUGCGAGUACUUUCAACUUCCAGACCUCACCACGCGCAGCGGACUGAAAGAGAUCCAUGCAAAAUUUGGGACCAUUCAAACUAAGCUUGACCAUGCGUUCUUGGCCAAUAAGGAUAACGUCAAAGUGACUGGGGGGAUUGUUAGUGUCUGGGCCAAGAUGUCUGCCGACGCCAUCCUGCGAACCAAGUUGUUCAAAGCAGGUUUCUUAACACGAUUGAAACCUCUGUUGGAUGAUUCGUAUACUCGCCACCUUGCUUUGCAGGCGCUUUGCAACGUGACCCAUCAUGGUGGUAGCGAGGCCCGAAGAGAAAUCGCACAGUUAACUCCCCGUCUCUCGGAGCUAAUGCGAGAACACAGCGAUGAUGCCAAACUUCUAGAGCUUGCGACGGUGACAAUAGCUCAUGCAGUCGGUGCUGUUAUCAGUGUGGAAGAGUCACCCACUGCAAAGGAAUUCAGGGAACUGAAGAUCCAUAACGUUCUCCAGGAUACCAUAGAAAACAUCCGAAAACCAAUUGCAUCGAACUACAUGAUCGACCAUGCCCUUGGCCUCCUGUCCGGUGCGACGCAGCACUGCUACAAGGACUGCAAGGCCAUUCCGUCGUUAAUGACAUUUCUCGUGGCAUGUCUUCGGAGCGAUGACCUCACUAUCCGAUGCAAUGCUAUCGGCGCUCUCAUACGCCUCAACGAUGCUGGCUCGGAGCCCGACAUUCGUUACUACGACCCACAGAAGAUGAUAGCGGCCGUGAGCCGCCGCUUCCCGCAGAAUCUUGGAGACAUCAUGAUGCAAUACGGUCUAGACAAGUGCGACACGACUAUCAUCUUGCGUACGACAGCCGAUUUCCAAAAGGCGAUGAUGAAAUGCGCCCAGGAUCGCGACCUAUACGCUCUAGGAAAAACGCUGUCGCAGCUCAUUGUGCGCACGGAAUUUUCGGUUGCGGAGGGUAUGUUCCAGGCGUUCAACGAGCGUACCGGACAAUAUGAAGCCAUGGAUAUCGGUCUGCCGUUCGAGAUGUGGACCGAUGCGCUUCCUAUAUGCGCCAAUGCGCUCCGCGAGAAGGGUAGCCCGUCAGACUUAGACAUGGCAGAUAUCGUCGACCUGAAGUAUCUCAUCAUCAAGCAGCGCAUCCCCGACGUCGUCAUGCUGGGGAACAAGGCCAUCGAGCGCAAUCCGAAUUUGGCGUAUGCUUAUUAUGCGAUCGGCUUGGGUGGAGAUAGCAAGCAUAGUCUGAGGUCCGUCAAGAAGGGCCUGAAGUGCAAGAACAUCACUCCCUUCGUACGCAACUACAUGCUGUGGCGCGCCGUGGAUCACGCCGGAAACCUUGCUGUCAGCUUCCUCAUGGAAGCCAAAGCCGGAGGCAAAGACUACUCCGAAGGUGUAGCCUUCUUGAUGUCGGCUUUGGAGGAUGCAAAGACCUUCAUCGCUGAGGCGCCACCUGACUCUAGGAAUAUGCAGAUCAUUCUCAACUGGUACAUUAUCCUGACUAUCGCCCUCCAAGGACCGGAAAUUAGCACAAACCUGGCAGAGCUAGAUCUGGCGCGCAAGAAGCUUGAAACUGCUGAUCAAUUUGGCAAGUUCUUGGGGAAUCCACCGAAGAGGACUCAAAUGCGGCUCACGCAAGAGAUGAUCUUUGAUCUAUACCCGAAAGCAGUCGAGGAAUGGAAGGACGUCAUCGCCCGGUUUGACACAGGCGGGUCGGAAGACAAGAGUAUUUCUGCCGAGAAAGCGGAAGAUGAUCUAGCUGCAUGGCUAGACGAUCUGAAGGUGGAUGAUGAUUCGCCGCAGCCCGAGCGGUGCUCACAUCCCAAAAUCAACACCAACUCUGUCGCCCUCUACCGUUGCUCGUGGUGCAGUAACCCGAGUGCCGUCCUCAGGAAGUGCGGUGGAUGCUCGAAGACAAGAUACUGUGACCAAGGGUGUCAGAAAUCCCACUGGAGCGAGCACAAGCGCGUUUGCAAAGCUCCGGCUUAG